AUGACCCCUCCCCCCGCUACCGCCUUCACCGCCGCUCACCGCUUCUAUGUCAAGUCGCUGUACAAGCGCUACCUCACCAACUCGCUGAACUGGGUCAUCAGGCGAGACACCUGGCGCCAGCGCGCCAUUGAGAUCCGCGCCGAGUUCGAGCGCAACAGGUGCGUUGGGACCGGACGAGGAGGAAGCAGUGGAGAGUUGGGCGCUGUCGGCAUGCUGCCUGCCAAGUGGCGUGCAGUGCCAUGGAUCGAGGAGGAUCGCAUGAUCAUACGACAGUUGGGGAUGGUGGGGAACGGCUGGCGUUAUUUCUGUCACCUUCAGCCGUUGUACCCCGUUCGCCGUCUCGUCGUCCAACAGCAUCGAUCCUCCAUAUGGACGUCCACUAACAUACCCAGGAACGUCAACGACCCCCGUGCUCUUGCCAUUAUCUUUGAGCAGGCCGAGGCCAAGCUCGAGAGGGAGGCCCACCCCGACCCCUACAGGCCACCCAUGUUCCCCGACGGCACGAAGUGGGAGCGCAACAUUCCCGUGAGUAGCUUGGUGGAUAUCGUCGCAGCGCGGCCACCCCACCACGCCCCACCUGAGGACUUCACUGACUCUGCAGCCCCCGGAGAGCAUGGCGCUGGAGUGGAUAGUGGGGGAGCUGCAGCACAGAGCGCUGGUGGCAUGAAGCCUGGGUGUGAGAGCGGGAGUAAACGGAAGGGCCCCGCAUUCCAACGACGACAAUGA